UAGCUACGUACACACCAGUUUCAUGCCCCGCCUACAUUGGACGUUUACGUGUAUGAUCCGGAAGCAGUACUUUUUACUUUCUGUUGACACGUAGCAGAGAAGCUGGAAGUGUAGGUUGGUACUGUAAAGAGGAACGGUCUAGACGGGCUCUGCAAUGUCAGGCUUUGACAACAUCAACACAGACUUCUACCAGACCAGCUACAGCAUAGAUGACCAAGGGCAAGCCGCGUAUGGCUACAGUAACGCUGAAGAUCCCUACAACAAGCCCUACAACCAGUAUGAGUACGCCCAGCAAGGGGGGUACGCUGCGCCCCCCCCAGGGAUGAUACCGCCCCAGCAGCCUUACACGGGACAGAUCUACCAGCCCACGCCGGCCUUCACCCCCGCCUCCACCCAGUCCGUCUACGGCAGCAGCUUUGACGAGGAGCCCCCCCUGCUGGAGGAGUUGGGGAUCAACUUUGACCACAUCUGGCAGAAGACGCUGACGGUGCUGCACCCCCUGAAGGCGGCGGACGGCAGCAUCAUGACGGAGACGGACCUGGCGGGGCCCAUGGUCUUCUGCCUGGCCUUCGGAGCCACGCUGCUGCUGGCGGGGAAGAUCCAGUUUGGCUAUGUGUACGGUAUCAGUGUCAUGGGCUGCCUGGGCAUGUACUGCCUGCUGAACCUGAUGAGCAUGACGGGCGUGUCCUUCGGCUGCGUGGCCAGCGUGCUGGGCUACUGCCUGCUUCCCAUGAUCCUCCUCUCCAGCUUCGGCGUGGUCUUCUCCCUGCAAGGCAUGCUGGGAAUAGUCCUCACAGCCCUCAUCAUCGGCUGGUGCAGCCAAUCGGCGUCCAAGAUCUUCAUCUCGGCCCUGGCCAUGGACGGGCAGCAGCUGCUGGUGGCGUACCCCUGCGCCCUCCUGUACGGGGUGUUCGCCCUCAUCUCCGUCUUCUGAGGGGGGGGCAGGGGGCGCGGGGGUGGGGACCAGGACCAGGACCAGGACCGGGACCGGGACCAGGACCGGGAAACAGCCCACAGACCCACAGACACGGUUAAACUGUAGGACAGGAAGAGCAGGUGUGCCCCCACCCCCACCCCACCCCACCCUACUCCACUCCACUCCACCACCCCUAAAAUGAGGGGGGAGGGCACCAAAACUGUCCCACACAUUCCAGCUUUUCUGGCCGCUCCAACGUCACGAACUUUCCCUGGUGUUUCUGGGGCCCAACGUAACACAACACAACACAACGUAACACAACGUCAGAGUGAACUCCGCCGUAUCGCACGUACAGUAUGAAAGCGUACGUUACUGUAUAAUUAUGUCCGCUUGGAGCGAUGUGGCCUGCGGUAAUGGUUUCCACCUGUGCUGUGUACAUCUGGAGAUCCAGGGGUGGUGUUCACUCUCGCCAACGUAGUGCUUUAUCUUUUAGUCAUUCCUGGCGUUUUUUUUUCUUUUUGUUUUCCAAAAAGUAAUUCCAGCUCAUAGUUGUAUCAGAAUCUGAAAUUGGUAGCCCGUGCACAAGACCCUAAAAUAUUUAAUAAGACAGCUUCUUGUGGUGGUUAGACGAAAUUGGCCGUUGAGUUAAUUUUGAGAAUUUGUUAACAUUGCAGGAUAACAAGUUUUGUUCUAUUUACUGUCGAAGCAAAUAGUCAUGUUUGACAGCUGUUUCUCUCAUUUGGGGUUUAGCAUGACCUGGAAUGUUCCGCAAGAAGCGAAACAACCCAAAACAAAUUAACCAAAUUCUAAUUUCUUUAUACUCCUUUCCUUCAGUGUUCAUGCUCAAUGUUUCAAAUGAACAUUCCUUUUACAGUGUC